AUGGGGUACGGCACAACGUACAUCGUGGUGGAGAUACCGGUGGACCACGGCAACGCCGCUUAUGCCGACUACGAUUGCGACCAAUUCGCCCUGUGCGACCAGCACGACCACCAGCACGUGGGCAACGAGAGCCACCACCUGAGCUACGAGGGCCACCUGCAGAUCUACGAGGACCACGUUUCGAUGUACGAGCGCCACCACCAGACAACUGGAGCGCGGAGCACUACGACCUGGCAGCCGGCGGCCUUGCCUGGCUUCGUCGGCGCCAACUGUGUCGCUGGGUCAAGGGCGCUGUACACGGCGCGGGCCGUCGCAGGGCAGACGGCUCCCUACGGGGCCGUUGGGCCUGCCGUUCCGCGGCAGGGCGCCGCGCAGGGCACGGACGACGACGAGGAAGGGGGAGACGACGAGGAAGAGGACAAGUGGGGGCAGGGGCCAGGAAGGGGGAAGGACGAGGAACAGGACGGCGACGGCGCGGCUGCCCGGCUGCGGGGGCGGUCGGCGCUGCGGCGCCGCCCGCGCGGAAGGGGGGGUGGCGGGCACCCGCCCGGCGAGACGGGCGGCGGUCUGCCGGCGGAGGGCGGCGGGAAGCAGAGGGAGCUGCGCCUCACGGGGCCACCCCGGGUGCAGGGCAACACCGACUAUUUCAGCAUCGAUGUCAUGGAUGUGUGUAGGGGGGAGGUCUACGAUGUUGCGUGCACGAAGUUCUACCCGUGGCUCGACUCCAGGCUGCGAUCCGCCGCCCCGCGCGCGGCGGCAGCGGGGCUCGGACAGGCGCGCCUCUUCGGCGGCGCCUCGGUCGCCCGGAGCGGCCAUGGACCCGUGGACGCGAUGCGCGGCUCGCGUGACGGUUGGCAGAUCCCUGAGAAGCUCGUUUCGAGCACGGGCGAGCCACUCGCACGCGAUGGCCCUCGAGGGGCCGAGAUCAUCCGCAGCGAGUGGCCGCGCAGAGAGGAAAGCAUCGAGCGAGCCUACCGCGCCCACGUGGACGCGGCCGACGCGGCCGAUUAUGUCGACGAGCUUUUCGACUUCGCAAAUCAGGCAACGCACGAGCACCACAGCAGCGCGCCGCAAGAACAGGACAAGGCAGCCACGGGGCACGGCAAGCCUCAAGUCCUCAUGGGCGCCCACGCUGCCCCGAUGGCCAGCCCAGAGCACGGGGCCCAGCCCUCCGAUCUCAUCGAGUGCCUUCGCACUUCGGACCGCGACGAAAUCCCGACUGACCUGCGGCUGGACGAUCGCGCCCUCGCCAACGCUGCUCAGCCGAGACCGCAGGACACCGACGCCACCGCCGCGCCCAGCGACUCCGCCGACGACGGCGACAGCGACGACCGCCCAGCUCUGGGCCAGACUGAACCAGGCCAGAGCCCGGACCCCGUCGCCCUCCGCAAGGAGGCCCUGGAGGCCCAGAGGGCUGCCAUGGUGGAGGAGCAGCUGCGCAAGCACCAGUCCAACGGAAGCGCCAAGCUGUUCGCGCUCUGCCUCGUCGCGCCGCUGGCCCUGGCGCCCUGGGCGCGGGCGCAGGGGCCGACGCCCGUGGAGAAGGUGAUCGAGCUCAUGGAGGGCACCCCCGGGAGGGGAAAGGAGGACAAGAAGGCGGAGCAGGUGGGCUACGCUGCCUUCAAGCAGUUCUGCGACGACACUGAGACCGAGACGUCGCGCAACAUCGCGGAGGCCGAGAUGAAGAUCGAGGUCCUGAAGGCCGACAUCGAGAAGUACAAGGCCGAGGCCGCGCGCUUGAAGGAGGAGGCCGACCUGCUCGAUGGAGACAUCGCCGCGUGGACGGGCGACGACAAGGCGGCCACCAAGGUUCGCGACAUGGAGAAGGCCGCCUACGACGAAUUGCACCAGGACUACUCGGAGUCCGUCUCCGCGCUGCAGCGAGCCAUCGAGGUGCUGAAGGCCAAGGCGCACGAUCUGCCGCAGGCGGACCUGGCGCAGGUCUCAGCCCUCAGGAGAGGAGGCUGA